AUGUUGAAGUCUCCGAAUAGAAAAUCCAAACAAAUGAAACGACGUAAAAGGAUAUCAAAACAAUUUACUCGAGAUAAAAAGAUAAAUACUGACAUCAUUAAUUCAGAUUUUACUCAAGAACAACAGAAUUCAAUGAAAUCACUCUUAGUUCAAUCCGAAGGAAAAAGUUCUUAUAGUGGUAUUGACAUGCACUUGAAUACUAAUACGAACGAUAAGGACAAUCAUUUUACCAUGAAUAAUUUAAUUAAUGAUGAUUUAGAUAUAAAUAUGUCAGCUUUCGAUCAAAAACAGGUCGCAGUUGCACAAAUACAAUAUAUAAACACUGACAAAGAAGAAAGACAAAGUAUCACUGACUACUUUAUCCAUCAACUUAUACUAAAACAUGAUAGAGAUGAACAAUUAAAACAAUUCAAUCUAAAAAAUAUGCGUACAGCACUCUGUAAAGAUUAUAGUUUGAGUAUAACAUCACUCAAUAAUUUGUUUGGAAAAUUUCAUGAUUAUCAUCAUAUUGAAAUGAAAAAAUCUAAUUUACAAAUGUCUGGAGCUUUGUGGCGUACAACAAUGUUAGAUGAUUAUGAUCUGGGUGUAUUUAAAUUUCUAUUUGAUCAAAAAACGCUAAUAAAUAUAACUAAAAUCCAUAAAAAUCUUUUUGAUAAAAUUGAAUAUGAUAUGAAACAUACAGAAAAUAUAAUUCAAACAAUGAACAAUACCAUGUUAAAUCAGACAUCAAACAACACCAGCAACAUUGUUCAAUCAAUAACUAUACAGAAUUUUCCAAUUUCAGAUAGAAAAAGUGAAACAGAUUGUCGACUUAUUAUUGAUACAUUUCUUAAACAAUUGUGUGCAGUGAGUAAUGUACAGUUUAGAACAGAAUUAUUAAUUAAACACGAUACAUUACCAAUUAAUCAAUAUGACUAUGUUUUUUAUCAAAAUAGAAGAAUAAUUGGAGCAUUUGAAGCUAAAACUCCUCUAACAUUGAAGUGUGAUAGCAUUGUACAAGGAAUCAUUCAAUUAUUUGGUUUAAUAGCUUUAAAUCAGGCUCACAUCCGUAUGCCAGUGUUCAAUAUCAUUAGUGAUGGGACAAAGUUUAUUUUUAUUAAAUUGGAUAAAAAUGGUUUAUAUUGUCAGACAAUGGUCGAUAAUGAAAAUAAUAUUCAGGUGUGGGAUCGAUUCAAAGACGGAAUCGAUCUUGUAGCAGCGCAAACACUCUUAUUAUUUGAUAAUUGCCCUGAUGCAUUAUCACCUUUCGAGUAA